AUGCUUCCCCUCCUUUCUCUCCUUCUUGUCCCCGGGAUUUUGGCCCAGGAGGAGCCUGCCCAAUCUCCGCUCUCAGCCGGUCCAGUAGAUAUAUGGGUCGCACUCAAUGAAACCUUGGGCGGAAGAGUUUUCCAAGCUGCUCCCUUAGCCCAGCCAUGUUUCGACGAUCCAGCCUCCGACAAGUGCAAAGAAACUCAGGAACUCUACCAGAACGAAAAGUUUCGCACUAAGCAGGCCUCUGGAUAUACGUGGGGCCAAUGGGAGACCUGUCAGGCGUCCGGAGCCCAAUGUUUACUCGAUUUCGCUGUUCCGACUGAUAAAACGGCGUUCUCAAGUCCAAAUACCUGUCGGUUAGGAAGCAUUCCAGACUACUUCAUCGACGUUCGCUCUGCCGAGGACGUUAUCGCCGCUUUUGACUUUUCUCGAACAACCAGCGUGCCGUUGGUGGUCAAAAACACUGGUCACGACUUCAAAGGUCGGAGCAGCGGGCAAGGAACAUUAGCCUUAUGGCUCCAUAACCUAAAGGACAUUUCAUACAACCCGACAUUCGUAUUGGAAGGUUGUGAUGAUGAUAAUACGACUUACCGUGGGGUCACCGCUGGGGCCGGCGUUCAAUUCCAUGAAGCUUUCGACUUCGCCGAGGCGAAUCAAAUUACCGUUGUUGGUGGAAGCGACGCGACCGUGGGCUUCGUUGGUGGUUUCUUGCAAGGUGGUGGACAUGGAGUCCUUUCGCCGACUCUCGGAUUGGGUGUUGACCGUGCUCUCGAGUUUAAGAUUGUUACUCCGGAUGGCAAAUUGCGGACUGCGAACCAAUGCCAGAAUGAAGAUCUAUUUUUUGCUCUUCGAGGCGGUGGUGGAGGCACUUUCGGGGUCGUUCUCUCUGCAACUAUCCUUGCUGCCCCUGCCGCUCCAGUACAAGCGGUCGUUGUUUCCUUCCCACCGACUGCUUCCGCAACUAACUCGACUCCAUUGGCACUCACCACAUCACUCUGGUCUCUGCUUGCAGACCAUGUUCCCACAUGGGCUGAUGCCGGUUGGGGGGGCUACUCGAUGCCUCAGCUCGCACUUUUCGCGACACAACGACUGGAUGGUGAGAAUGCCAAGAUAUCGAUGAAGCCUCUGCUCGACUGGGCCGAAGAGAUAAAAGAGCAAGGCGCUGAAGGUGUCAUGGCUAUGGCUAUGGAAUUCCCGAGCUGGGGACCAUUUUUCACGGCAUUCAUGACCGAUGCCGGCGGAAAUGCUGGUGCUGGGAAAGUCGGUUACUCUGUCUCUCUUACUUCGAGACUUGUUCCUCGUGCCAACUUCGCGACGCCCGAAACCCGUUCUGCUCUGGUGGACGCGCUUGUUGCGACUUCUGGUCUCGCAGACACCACUUAUCCAGGCCCACCUCCCCUCACCAUCAUCCAGAUCACUGCUCCUAGCGCUGUUCGCCAGGAAGAUGUCGCGCCUGGGCGGACAAGCGUAACUCCUGCCUGGCGCCAUGCGUUGUAUCAUGUGACCAGUAUGGGGAUGUGGAAUUGGAAUGCAACAGCGGCAGAAAUCAAGGGCGUGUAUGAUCGGACAAGCAAGCUUAUGGAUUUCGUGCGCAAGGAGACACCUAUUGGUGCUUACCUGAAUGAGGCUGAUGUCUAUGAGCCUGACUGGGAGCAGUCAUUCUGGGGAGCGCAUUACACAGAGUUGCUCAGCAUCAAGAUGAAAUACGAUCCGGAUCGUCUGCUCGAUUGCUGGCAAUGUGUUGGCUGGUCCUCCGAGUCCGACCGUUAUGCGUGCUAUUUGUAG